UUUCGGUUCAGUUCAAGAUGUCGGUCAGUUCAGUCUUUGUGUGCAGUAGUCUUUUCGUCAUGUUUACAUGAAAAUUUCCGGAGUCUUUCCUUAUUCCGUUAACUUAAUCAGGUAGCCAAGGUACUGCUACAACUACGAGGUAGAAUUUGAGCCCCCUUUUGCCGUUUGAAAUAGUCGUAAGGAUGGGCCAGACACUAUCAGAACCAGUAACAACAAAGGAGACCUCUUCAUGCAGUAACAAGCAGUUUAAGAUCGGCUCAUCAUGUAUGCAGGGAUGGCGCAUAAACAUGGAAGAUGCCCACACAGAGAUACUUUCAUUAAGAGAGGAUAAAACAGCUGCAUUUUUUGGAGUAUAUGAUGGGCAUGGAGGAGCAAGAGUGGCACAAUAUGUUGGAAAGCACUUACAGUACAAGAUACUCUCACAGCCAGCCUGGGCUAAGGGUAAUAUUGCUGAAGCUAUUAAACAAGGCUUCCUCAAAUGUGACACAGACAUGCUAAAAGAUGAACAAAUGAAAGAUGAAAUGGCUGGAACAACAGCAAAUGUUGUUAUAAUAAAAAACAAUAAAAUCUAUUGUGGUAAUGUUGGCGAUUCUCGUGCUCUGGCCAGUAGAAGAGGUGCAGUAGAUCAGCUGUCAUAUGAUCACAAACCAAGCAAUGAAGAGGAAACAAGAAGAAUAAUAGCUGCUGGAGGAUGGGUAGAGUUCAACAGAGUAAAUGGUAACUUGGCUCUUUCUAGAGCUUUGGGAGAUUUCUGUUUCAAGAAGAAUGACAAAAAAACUCCAGAGGAACAAAUCGUUACAGCUCUACCAGAUGUGUUAGUUAAAGACAUAACUCCAGAACAUGAGUUUAUUAUAUUAGCCUGUGAUGGCAUAUGGGAUGUCUUAUCUAAUCAAGAAGUAGUGGAUUUUGUUAGAUCAAGAAUAGCUCAACGAAUGGAACCUGAAGUGAUAUGCGAAGAGCUGUUAACACGCUGCUUAGCUCCAGAUUGUCAGAUGGGCGGCCUUGGGUGUGACAACAUGACAGUCAUCCUGGUUUGCCUUCUUCAUGGAAGGACAUACGAAGAACUGUGUGAAAAAUGUACACUAACAAGUGAUGCCCAUCAACGGCCAGUCAACGGCAAAGAUGGUGGAUUCUACUAAUAAACAUAAAGGUUGUUAUUAUUUUUAGACCUCCUGAAGGAUUGACCUAUUAGAUGUGGAUAUUAUUGUAUGGGUCUUAUUAUGCUUGGUAGUAUUGAUCAUACAAUGUUUAUCCCAUCUUCAUGAUGCAUUUCUAGCUUUCUCUACAUCCAUAUCAAUAUAUUCCAAAUUGGUCCUGCUGUGGUAUUUGAUUGGACAGGGAUCCCAUGAUAGUGAUUUUGUGUAGAGAAGGCUAGAGUGACGUAGAUGUAAGUAUUUGAUUGGGGUAUGAUAGACACCAAGUGUCAUCAUUGCUGAUUGAUGGAGUUCCGUGCGUUAACAACCCACAGCAGAAAGAUGACUGUCAAAUUAUCUAUACUGUUCAUUUAAAUGAGCAGGCGUAGCUCAGUUGGUUAGUGCGCAACCUUCAGAGCUYGAGGUCCAUAGUUCUAUCCUAAGGAACUCCAUGUCUGUUUCGAAUUCUCUAAUCCAUGUAGCUUAAGCUUUAAAUACUCUUAAAACAGAGCACUGAUGGAGAGAGGGGGUAAAGUGCACACCGUCGGCUUCCAUUGAUAGCAGUUGAAUUUCAACUGAAGGAACUACCGAUGUUAAAUAUAGGUAUUUUACUUUUUUUUUAAUAACUAAUAUUACUUCAUUGAUUGGAUAAAGUGUGGUUUGGCUAUAUGCAUGGUGAUACACCCAAAAUCUUGCUAAACAGUCAAGUUUGUUCACUUUACCAAGCAAUACAAACAAAUGCAAAUCUCAGCACUCUCCUCUUGGAUAAGAAAUGAACAGUCUCUUAGUAUCAUGUUGACACUUGAUCUCCGGAGAUUUUCUCAUUUGUCAGUCAAGCUUUCAUGCUUCAGUGAUUUAAGAAACUUGGCCUGAAUAACUGGCUAAAGUGUGUGAUUUUAAAGGGUCUUUUUUGGUAUAAGAAAUGAAUUUCUGAGGUAUGAAGUAUGAAAUAGAGUGACUCCAUUUCAACCAUUUAAUUUAUAUCGAUUUAGUAUUAGGCUGUAUUUAGAUCUAUUGUUUUCGUUCGCCUGUUAGCUAUGGGCUAUUAGAUUUGUUUCAGAUGUGAAAUGAAAUACCAUAUCUAAUAUAUCAAAGACUCUGAUUCCAUUGCAAGGCUUUCAUGGUGUGAACAUAAGGCAUGAUACAAACAKAUGACUGUCUCAAGCAAUUGAGGGAUCUUAGAGACUAAACGUAAAGAGAGUUCAAACUAAACUAUCCAACAGGCUGUUUGCUAGUACCAGGAGAGGUCGUAAACACCUCAAUGAAGUUAAAACAAACCUAAAACUCAUCAGCUUUCUACCCUUUUUGCUUAAGUGCAAUGUUUUUUCAUCCUAUUUUAUCUUGUUUCAUGGAUGUCCUUGGUAGCAAGGAUUACUAGAAUUACAUCCAUAUUCUUACAUCUUCUCAAGUGUUACUGGUAAACAAAGAAAUAAUAUUCAAUGGGUUAAAAAGGCUUGCUAGUUCUCUCAUUCUAAGUUUGUCACUAGAAGCCUUGCAGUGUGGCCAGAGUCUUUGAUAUAUCAAACUACAGCCAUCUGAUAGCCUGCAUCACAUCCAGAUAAAUCUACCCAGAUGUGAAGCAGGCUAUGCUAUGAUGGACAAACUACAAUGUUUAGACUGCAACCAAACAAAAAAUGAAAUUUAUUUUCUGUCAGAGCAUCUUUUUCCUUGCAUUCUGCAUAUCCAGUUAACCAAUAUUUAAAACUGCAACAAGAUGGUACCAUAAGCUGACAUGGAACAGACCCAUCUCAUUAUCUAGACUAAUCUUUUGGUAGCAAGAACCAUACGAAUAUCAAUAUAUCUUCUCAUUCGUUGGCUAAAAGCAAAGCAAAAGUAUACUACUAAAGGGAAUUUUUGCAUAGUCUAGAUUGAGAUACCUGGUCUUUCCUGCCAUCUUUUUGACUUGACCAUUAUAUGGGGGUUUUGAACAAAAAAUUAGACCUUUUGUAUAAUAGUUUUAAUCCUAAACACAGGGUUUAUUGGACGCUUGUUUUCAUGUGCUUAGGAUGUAUCUGUAUUAAUAAUUAGUAUUUUUACCCAAAGGGUUAAUCAGCUUAUGAUAAGUAUGUACAAAUUUAUUGAGUUUGAUACGGGAUUUUAUUUCAUUUUAAGGUUUUCGCAAGAGAAAAUGAACCAGUUCAUAUUCUCUUGUUUUUCAUUCCUAGAGGUCCUUUUUUGGGAGAUAGAAGUGUAGGUCUACAUUAGGUAUCUUUUACGCAGACUUUUGUAUGUCUUAUGAAAGAUUGAUAGCAAAUCUAGCUCCACAGUUUUAUUACAUACGUUGAUUGUACAUUAUCAACCAAAAUUCUGUACUUUUUAACUAUUGCAAUCAUGGUAGAUUAUCAUUUAUAAUGUGUAGUAAUAUAUAUGUUCAACCAUGAGUGAAAAAAGAAUUGAUGCUCUGAGUUAACAAACACGUAGUUAACAUAGGGUCGUUUUAUUUGAUGAUCCCCCUCCGCAAAAUAUCGCGUGUUUCAUUCAAUUUUCCACAGAGAAAAACAAAACAAACACAUUUUAAAAAGUUUGGUCGAAGACGAAAAUGCAUGGAAGUGCCAUUAAGAUGAGAAUGAGUCAAAG